AUGACCAAGGCCGAUCCUCUUACUUUCUUGUCUACUCUGCGAGCAUGGCAACUCAAACAUCUGGCAUUUCUCACUGGUCUAAAUUCUACAGGAACAAAAGCGCAAUUAUGUAGGACACUGGCAGACUACACGUACAAGCAUCCUCUCCCUAGCCCUCGAUGCAGGAUCCUCAGUGUGGACAUGGGCGUCAAGAAUCUCGCAUUCUGCCUACUGGAUCUACACAGAUUGCCCCAGGAUCCUGAUCAGAUUAAUGCGCAAGCCGGCGACAGAAGGCUAUCUUUACAUCUCUCGGACUGGAAACGCCUGGAUGUGUCAGAGAGACUGAUGGCUAGACAGACGGAUGCAUCGUCAGUAACUUCAUCACAGAAACCUGAGUGUCCAAUUGGCGAGGAUGAAGGAACGACUGAGGUCAUUUCCGAAGACCGGUCCAAUAUGUAUGCGCCUUCAUCGCUCUCCAAGAUUGCGUUCAGUUUAGCAACCGAAUUUCUGCGAUACAAACCAGACUAUAUCCUGAUAGAACGCCAGAGAUUCCGCUCUGGCGGUGGACCAGCCAUCCAAGAAUGGACUGUUCGAGUGAACAUGCUGGAGAGCAUGCUAUGGGCAUCUCUGGAAACCAUGCGACAUGGCCAUGACAGGGCAGAUUUGGCUCAAGACCAGAGGUUUCCUGACGUCCUAGAGAUGAGCCCACGACGUGUUGGCAUGUUCUGGUUAACUCGUGGAGACUUCUUCCCAACACCAGCAGAUAUAGCUACGUCACUCAUGGUGUCACAAGACACGGCAAAGUCAAUGGAAACGGAAAUCAAGAAGAAGUCUUUUGAGAAAAAGGACAAGAUUGCAUUGGCUCGACACUGGCUAUCGCUGUCGUUGACCACGGACGAAUUGACGGUCGAUGCAGGCCUAGCUCCAAUGGUUGCUUCGUUCUGUUCGCCAAGAGAACGACAAAGUCGGCGGCGAAGCAAAGACGAUGAGAAGGAAGAAGAGGUCAAAGAUGCAUCUGCCAUUUCUGGUAAACUAGAUGAUCUGGCAGACUGUCUCGUGCAGGCCGUGACAUUUGCUCUCUGGGAGCAGAAUCGCGCAAGAGUCCGGGAGCACAUCAAUUCUUAG